UGAGCUCGAAGGCAGGAACGGAGACGGACAGCGGCUCGGGCGGUGCUUCGGUCAGCUGACUCGUGUUUUUGAAGGGACGUGAAUUUCUGCUGCGCAACAAACCUCGGAGCCCGACUUUCUGCGUUUCUUCUCGAGUUUUCGGUGCGUGUGGACCAGACGCGAGGAUGUCGAUGACCGUGAAGGCUUACCUCCUCGGGAAGGAGGACAGCCACAGGGAGAUUCGCCGCUUCGCCAUCGACCAGGACGUGUCGACAAGUUUCGAGUACUUGAGCCGCAAGGUGGUGGAUGUUUUCGCCAACCUCCGGAAUGUCAUCUUCCAGAUGUAUUAUAAAGAUGAGGAUGGCGACAUGAUUGCCUUCUCUACUGACGAAGAGCUCAUGAUGGGGCUGACUCUGGUGAAGGACGACACAUUCCGCCUCUUCAUCAAGGAAAAAAAGGAGCACAAGCGUGACUUCUCACCUCAUGGGGUCCCAGGGUUCCCCUGUGCCCCUCCUCCAGGACCGCACCACGCGUGGCCCCAUGGACACCAUCAUAUGGGGCCUCAAGGACCACCUCCUAUGGGACCCCCACCACAUAUGGGCCCACCUCCUCAUCACCCUCCCAUGGUUCACCCUGGUGUGACCUGUGAUGGAUGCGAGGGACAGGUGGCUGGAACUCGCUUCAAGUGCACCGUGUGCCCGGAUUAUGACCUCUGCUCCACCUGCCAGGCUAAGGGCCUCCACAAGGAGCAUCCCCUCCUACCCAUUUUCCAUCCCAUGGCCAACAUGUUUGAGUGGUUCCCUCGUGGGAAAUUCUGGCGCAAGAUGAGGCACUGCAUGUGGGCUGGUGCCCAGGCUCAGGCUCAGACUCAAAACCAAAACCAGGCUCAGCCGGGUCCAUCUGGAGCCCAGCCAGGCUCCCAGGAGGCCAACUCGCAGGAUGGCCAGGCCCAAAAUGGAGCCUCUAGUUCUGCCCAGGCCAACAUGGAGUACCUGAAGAACAUUGGAGAGGGUGUGGCUGCUAUGCUGAGCCCUCUAGGCAUAGAUGUGGACAUUGACGUGGAACAUGAGGGGAGAAAGGCCAAAGUGACACAGACUCCUCCUGCCUCAAGUGGACCUCCGAGUGGCCGGAGUGACGGUGGCUCAGGAGGCCUUCUUUCUCGAGGAGCCGAUGGAGGCCCAGUGAGUUCUUGCAGCGUAGGCAGUACCACAGAGGGGGCAAAAGACCACAGUAAUGAUGAGGAGUGGACCCAUUUGAGCUCUAAGGAAGUGGAUCCAUCCACAGGUGAGCUGCAGUCCCUCAGAAUGGAGGUGGAUGGGCAAGAGAUUGCGGAGAAUCCCCCCGGACCCCUCAGUACCAAUUCAGCCUCUAACCAAGGGCCCACUGGGCUGCGUGAAGCAGCUCUCUACCCACACCUGCCUCAAGACGCAGACCCUCGGCUGGUGGAGUCUCUGUCCCAGAUGCUGUCCAUGGGCUUCACAGAUGAAGGAGGCUGGCUUACCAGGCUUCUCCACACCAAGAAUUAUGACAUAGGGUCUGCUCUGGAUACCAUCCAGUACUCCAAACCACCUGGCCCUCGGAAAUGAAAUGGCAGAGCAAGGGCUUAGAAAAACGGGGGUCACAAUUAGUGCACAUUAUUUGAAAACCCCAAGCCUAACACAUUAGCAAUCUCUACCAAGUCUGCCUUUCCUGAAUAUAUAACUGAUUCCAUUCAUACUGUUGGCAAUAUAAAUUACUCAGGCAUUUUUCAUAACAAAUUUAUUAUCAAUGUUAUUCGCAAGAUUAACGUGGCACUUAAACAUGAAUACAAAUGUCAUAAUCAUGUUGGGUAUGUUGUUUUAUAUAAAUAGAUUACAGAUAUGACUUGCUUCUUAAAUUGGUAACUAUUAAGAAAUUCAAAAAGGUGUCUGUGGAAAAAUGUUCCUGUGCAUCUCUAAUGCAGUCAUUGUUUUAAGAUGCUUUUUUAAUUGUAGCAAGAAAAAAAAAUCUUGAGUAUUUUUGUUAGUCACAAUGAAUAGGAACUACUGUUGUAUUCUUUACUUUCACGGUUUCUUGCUCUGUCUGUCAAAUAAAAUAAUGUAUCUGCAAAA